GAGUCCGCUCCCGACGUGGAACAGUUGUAUUCGCCGCCGUCGCCGUCGCCGCCGCCGCAGAAGGACGAGUCAGGGAGCACGGAUUUUCCCAUGAAUGGCCAAAAAGUGGAACAGCACGAGGGUGAUUUGGUCGAGAAGACUGGCCAGGACUUGGAUAUCCGACCCGACGGCCUCCCUGUCUCACUCGAGGAUGACUCGGAGAACAUUGAAUCAGGCGCUGGCCACACCAAGAAGGCGGGCAAGAAGAAGCGAAAACCGAAGCGAGGUGGAGGACACCCCGCCGAGUUAUCUGGAGACAACGAAGUUACCCAAGUCAUGUCACAGGCCCGCGUACCUGCUGAAUCAUCGGUCUGCCAUGAAAAUCCAGAAGCUGCAGCUCUUGAGCAGGGUGAAACCGCCGGACAAAUCAAAGUUCCAAGCACUGAAGCCAUCAACAAGGAUGAAGAAUUAGAGCGCUCAGACCAACUGUUUUUUCCCAGCGUACCGGUUGGCGAAGUACAUUCUUCUGACAGCGAUGCCCAGUUUACCGCUCCCCGGGUCGAAAAAGUUGUUCAGCUAGGUACUUUUGGAUAUCAGCCUCUGUCAUGUGAUGCCGAAACCGAAAUUCCACACAAUGAACCCCCGAAGGAGGUGGCAAUGCUGGUGGACAGACCGCUAUCACCUCCUAUUUUCAUGCAGGAUGAUUGGAUCAAGGAGUACAGCCUACCGUCAGAUCGUCCGGAAGCGGAGAGGAAAGCUAUUGAAAUGGAGCCAGCAGCUGCGGAGAAACCCGCAGGUGGCGAAACAGCCGGCGGAACUCCAGAAGAAACAACGGUGCCUCCUGAAGUAAACGUGGAUCCCAUUCAGUCCACAGACAAUGGGCUCCUGGUAGCAGACAUGUCGGGGAGCGAGGAGGUGGUCUCCAAUCCGGGAAGUGUUUCACCUGACGUAUCCGGCGAACCGAUCAUCAGUGGGAGCCAGGAGCUUUCAUCCACACCUCCUCCGGAUCUGAUCAGACUUGUUGAAGCUCUUCUGACUCAUAGCUGCCUACAGCGCAUACAAGGCCAGACCUCUGUGCUGGAGUGGGAGUCAGUCGGUGAGGAGGAGGAGGAGGAGGAGGAGGAGGAGAGGGAAGAGGAUGAAGAGGAGAAGACGGUGGACGGGAAGGAGGAAGAGGAGGAGGCAGAGGCGGGCAUGGGCGAAAACGAGGUAACUGAAGCGACAAUAAGCCCAGUUUACCAUCCUCAAUGCGUCAUACCUUUGACAGCGGCACCAGUAGAUGACAGCUAUGAGGCAAAACAGAUGACGGAGUCGGAGGGAGAGUCUGAAAAUGAAGAUGACACGACUGAGCUAAGGAAAGUGUCCGAGAUCGUUUCGGAAACCGUUGUGCCUCCGGAGACUUCGCCACCAACGACUCUUUCAUCCUCAGCCUUAGAUGAGGAUGAGGGCGUAUUGAAGGAGAAGGACGUGGCGGCGACGACGGACGAAAAUUCGGCAGCUGCGACAGCGCCAGAACCCGAGAUAAUUCCUGGUGCUUUUGCACCAACAGCUCCAUCUGACGGAGGAGAAGAGGAAGCAGCGGUCAGUAAAGACGAAAAUGAGGUGAUAUUAGAACCUAUAACCGCCUAUCCUGUGCCCUCCGAAGAGGCAGUAUUCACGAUGACCCCCAAAGACCAAGAGACUGGGGAUUGGGGAGAAGAAGAAGAAAAGGCCAGUGACGAUGAAGCAACCUUGAAGCAGGCUGCUGAAGAUGAUAGCGAGGUGACAAGCGAACUCACUGCAUCUAUGCUCAAACCUGGAAGUUUAAACUCCACUGAGACGCCAGAAGACGCCUCGCUAGCAGAUGAAGAGGCCCUGAAGGUGGUGGAGGAGGAGAACUACCCAGAGCAGCUAUUGUGCACACAUGGAUCUGACGAAGUCAAGGCUGUCUCGGAGACUCUCCCCACUGAAUUCCUUCCAAGGGCUCCAGCAAAUCAAUUAGAAGAGUCUUCACAGCCGGAGGAGUCGAACCAGGCGGUUCCAUCCGUCGAAGAUACUGUCAGUGGAACUACAACUUCGGUGAGUCUGUUGGUCUUUUCGUUGCUCCCGCUGUGGAGCUACCUGGACAUACUCAUGGUCUCCACUACCUCACCAAAGCUAAAUGGAAAACGCACUAUCCCAGUCAUUAACUAUGUCACUGCAGUGUGGCCUUAA